AUGGAUGUGGCUGUAUUGAGAGGUCGCAUUGUCGCGACGCUCAGUCCAGAGGCCGACCUGCGACGACGCGCAGAAUUGGACUUGAAGACUGCCGAAGAACACACCGGCUUUACCGAUGCCCUUCUCGAGAUCCUGCAAAAUGAACAGGAGGCUUCCGUUCGCAUGUCGACGGUUGUUUACCUCAAGAACCGCGUCACAAGGGGAUGGGACACGGCCUCCGAUGCGCAGAAUAAGCCUAUUGCCGAAGACGAGAAGGAAAGAUUUCGACAACGAUUACUGCCCGUCCUAGCAUCCUCCCAGUCUCAGAUUCGAUCACAACUCGUCCCCAUCCUCCAGAAAAUUCUUCACUACGAUUUCCCCGAUAAAUGGCCUUCGUUUGUCGAUAUCACGCUCAGCUUGCUCAACACCAACGAUGCCGCCUCUUUAUUCGCAGGCUUGCAGUGCCUACUUGCGAUUUGUCGCGUUUACCGAUUCAAGGCUGGCGAGAACCGAGGCGACUUCGACAAGGUCAUCCAAUUGACGUUUCCUAGACUGUUGGUUAUUGGACAAGGAUUGGUCAAUGAGACAAGUGAGGAGGCGGGCGAGAUGCUCCACGUCGUGCUGAAGGCAUUUAAGCAUGCAACUUUCUUUGAGCUUGCUCCUUCCCUCAGAGAGCAAUCAGUGGUGAUCGGAUGGUGUUCUAUUUUCUUACAGACAGUUGCAAAAGCUGCGCCGGAAUCUGCCAUGCCAGCAGAUCUGGCAGAACGAGAGGCAAACCACUGGUGGAAGGCCAAGAAAUGGGCUUACUUCAAUCUCAACCGCCUUUUUGUCCGUUAUGGUAAUCCAUCAUCGUUACAAAAGGGCAACGGCGACGACUACAGUGCUUUUGCCAAAGACUUUACUGCCAACUUUGCUCCCGAAAUUCUCAAGGGGUAUCUGCGACAAAUCGAGCAAUGGGUGGCCAAAACAAUAUGGCUCAGUAGACCAUGUCUAUCAUUCACUCUCGUUUUCCUCGAUGAGUGUGUCCGACCCAAGGAAAUGUGGAACCAUCUCAAGCCACAUCUUGAUUCCCUCGUGACUCACUUCCUGUUCCCCGUUCUGUGCCUUAGCCCCGAAGAUGUCGAGAAGUUCGAGACAGACCCCGAGGAGUACCUCCACCACAAGCUCAACUUCUACGAAGAGGUUUCCUCGCCUGAUGUUGCUGCUACAAAUUUCUUGGUUACGCUUACCAAAGCCCGAAAGAAGCAUACGUUUACUAUUUUGACUUUCGUCAAUACGAUUGUCAGCGAAUAUGAAGCGGCGGAGGACAGUAAGAAGAACCACAUCGCAAAGGAGGGUGCUCUACGCAUGAUUGGAACUCUUUCCAGCGUCAUCCUGGGGAAGAAGAGCCCAAUCGCCGAGCAAGUAGAGUACUUCUUGGUUCGUUUUGUUUUCCCGGAUUUCCGCAGCACCCAAGGAUUCCUCCGUGCGAGAGCUUGCGAUACCGUGGAGAAAUUUGAGCAGCUUAACUUCAAAGACACCAACAACCUCCUCGUUAUCUACCGCAACAUUUUGGAAUGUAUGGCAGACCCAGACCUCCCUGUCCGUGUUGAGGCUGCCCUUGCACUUCAACCGCUGAUCAGGCAUGAUAUCAUUCGAAAGAAUAUGCAAGCGAACAUCCCCCAAAUUAUGCAACAGCUCCUCAAGCUCGCGAACGAGGUUGAUGUCGACUCUCUGUCCAAUGUCAUGGAGGACUUUGUUGAGGUCUUUGCGGCUGAGUUGACACCAUUUGCGGUCGCACUAAGCGAGCAGUUGCGGGACACAUACCUGCGAAUCGUGCGAGAACUCCUGGAGAAGAACGAAAAGCGGGACGACGACGAGUACGGUGACUACUUUGACGACAAAAGUAUCACUGCCUUAGGUGUCCUGCAAACGAUUGGCACUCUCAUCCUUACUUUGGAGAGCACGCCCGAUGUUCUGCUGCACAUGGAGUCAAUCCUGAUGCCAGUGAUCAAGGUGACAUUGGAGAACAAGCUCUACGAUCUAUACAAUGAAGUCUUCGAGAUUAUCGACAGCUGCACGUUUGCCGCCAAGUCCAUUUCCCCAACAAUGUGGCAAGCUUUCGAGCUCAUCCACGCCACGUUCAAAGCGGGUGCUGAGCUCUACCUUGAAGACAUGCUCCCAGCUCUCGACAACUUUGUUCAGUACGGAGCUGCCCACCUCGUCCAAACUCCUGCGUACCUUGAUGCGAUGUUCGGUAUGGUACAGGAUAUGUUCGCGGAUGAGAAGGUUGGUGGCGUUGACAGAAUUUGUGCCUGCAAAUUAGCCGAGGGUAUCAUGUUGAGUCUCCGUGGCCACGCCGAUCAAUACGUUCAGCACUUUAUCGGAACCGCUAUGCGCACUCUGACGAACGCUGAAGUGAAAGUCAAAUCCUACAAGAUUCAUCUGAUGGAGAUGGUAAUCAACGCCAUCUACUACAAUCCUGUAUUGGCACUACACAUUCUGGAGUCGAACGGAUGGACAAACAAAUUCUUCAGUUUGUGGUUCUCCAACAUCGAUAGCUUCACAAGAGUCCAUGACAAGAAGCUCUCAAUCUCGGCUAUUGUUGCUUUGCUUACUCUCAAUGCCGACCAAGUACCCACGAGUGUGCAGCAAGGCUGGCCAAGAUUACUCCAGGGCAUUGUCAGACUUUUCCAGACUCUCCCAGCCGCCACAAAGAAUCGGGAAGAGGCUCUCAAAGACGACUAUCCUGUUGACGGUGAUGCUUUCGAUGAUGAUGAGGAGGAUGAGUGGGCCGGUGACAAUAAUAGUUGGGAUGACGAGAAUGAUGCUGGUGCAGAAGAGGGCGAGGUCAAAGACGAGAGCACCGCCUACCUUGAGUUUUUGAACGAGGAAGCACAAAAAUUCCAGAACCUCGAGGAUGGCGACUCUGAUGAUGAGCUAGGCGAGGAAAGCCUUCUCGAGACUCCACUUGACAAGGUCGAACCAUACCAGCUUUUCCGAGAUGCACUCCUAAAACUCCAACACGAACAACCCCAGCUCUAUGAAUCCCUCACAACAUCUCUCAACCCUAGCGAACAAGCGAUAGUCCAAGGCGUCGUAAACCAAGCUGAGAUCAAUGCGCGGGCUGCUGCUGCGUUGGUAGCCGCCGGCCAAGCUCCGGUCCCCAACAUCGCUCCUUGA